AGUGGUGCUGCCCAACUUCUCAACAGGUAGAGAAGAGUCCAAAACAAGAUAGGGAAAGAAAGAGGAGACACGUUUUCUUUCACAGUCCAUGGAAAAAUAACCUGUUGGAUUGUCAUCUGGAAACUUGAGAAAGUGCCAACAUGAGCAAUGAGAGGCCAAUGAGCCCUGGCUCAUCAACACUGACAGAGGGCCUGAAGAGAAAGAGGGGAAGACCAAAGAAGCAGCCACAGGAGGAGGCUGUGGAACCAUUACCAAUGAAGAAACCACGAGGAAGGCCAAAGGGGAGCAAGAAAGUGACUGCAGUAUCUGGGCAGGUGGUAGAACCUUCUGCUGGGAAAAGGCCAAGAGGAAGGCCCCGCAAGUGGCCUCAGCUAAUGGUCCAAGAAGGAGCGUCUCAGGAAGGAAAACCUGAGGGAAGCAGCGACUUGAAUUUGAACUUGGCACCAGCCACACAAGGCAUCACUGGAAAAGAUGGUUCCAAGCCUGGAAAAACUACUGGUCUUAGGAGAUCUCUGAGUAACAUCCCUGCCACAGCUCAGUAGUAUGCCACCUGUUCCUGUCUUGCUGAAGCCAAAGGACUGGAAAGCAAACAGCAUUUUUCAUGUCAGAUUUCAAAUUCUUCCUUUGUGACAAUUUUGGCCAAGCUUUCUCUCCUGUUGUCUGCUGGCUUACCCCAAACAUCCAAACAGAGACUCUGGGAAAGAAAUGGCAAAUGCUUUGUUGGAGAGAUGCCUUUCACAGUUUGUGGUGUAUCUUUUGUGAGGAUAUUAAUCUGUCUUACAAAUACCUGGAUAACACGGUGCCUUGCCCUGCC